GAGGCAGCAGCUGGAGCAAUUAAAUGAAAACAUGAAGUUGACUGCACAAGCGUUAAGUGCCCUCGUGGUACAGUUGCCACAUACAGAGUCAGGAUUCACAUUCCAGAGUAGCCCUGGAAAGGGAACAGCCUGUCUUGCCAGAAAUCGUGGGCCUGGCACGUUACACUUACGUUCAACAUCUGUAACGCUAGCAGAGAAUCAGGCUAAACAAAAGCGAUUCAUUCUGACCUUAGUCAUGUGUUGUGAUUAACUCUCCACAGUUCUUCCGUGUUUUAGCAGAAAUGUGAAGUGGGGCUUCCUCAAGGACACAGCCUCCAACAGGCUGUUAUUUAAAGGCGCCAAAGAAAUUUCAUUUACCCAAGGCAAAAAGCAGCAGCGUCUCCGUGACAGCCCCAGGAAUAACGGCUGCAUUUCAGAACGGUUCAGAGCCACUAAACCCCAAAGGACAGGUCGUGGGCCAGAAAGCAAGCACACAGAACCCAGGAACUCUGCGUUUUCCCCAGAAGGCUCCGUAAUGACGGCUACGGCAGGCUCUUGUCAGGAAUGACGCUUGUAACGUUCACGAGUGAGGAAAGAAGAAUUGAAGAAACAGUUUAUUUUCUGCCCAUACAGUCAGUGGAUGCUGUUCCCUUGGAUUGCACAUUCUUCACUCGGAAAGAAAUCCUUCGGUUGCAUGGCCGAUACCAUGAAAUGGCACCAAACGUUGUGCCCAUGGACUAUACAAAGGACCCAGAUGUUAAACUACCUAUGCAGCUUAUAAUAAAUAUGCCUGAGCUAAAGGAGAAUCCCUUCAAGGAAAGGAUUGUGGAAUCUUUCUCAGAAGAUGGAGAGGGGAGCCUCAGUUUCAAUGAUUUUGUGGAUAUGUUUUCUGUGCUCAGUGAAAUGGCUCCCAGAGAGCUUAAAGCAAUCUAUGCCUUUAAGAUCUAUGAUUUUAACACAGAUAACUUCAUUUGUAAAUCAGACUUGGAAAAAACCCUCAAUAAGCUGACCCGAGAAGAACUAACAGCAGAAGAAAUCACUCUAGUUUGUGAGAAAGUGAUAGAAGAAGCUGACAUGGAUGGUGACGGGAAACUAGGAUUUGCAGAUUUUGAAAACAUGAUUUCCAAAGCACCGGACUUUCUCAGUACUUUCCACAUAAGAAUCUGAAGACGUUUCUGUGAGCCAGUGUUAUCAGAAAUGACUUGCCCGUCCAGCCUUUCUGAAUCUCAGGCACUUUGGGGGCUUUUGUCCUCUUAAUUAUGGCUUCUUAGAACUCAGCAGAAAGUACUGAAAUAAUUCUGGUCCACAAAGACAGAAGCAUCGUGUGAUCUACAGGAUAUUUGCAACAGUCACAUUUUUAUCUUCACUGCUGGCCAAGCACUCUGGCAAAGAUGGUUGGUUGUUGGGUUGUGGUUUUGGUUUGGUUUUUUUUCUUUUUUUAAACAGGCAGAAUCAGAAUAUUAUUAAAGGUAUUUCCACAUAGUUUUUAUAUUUAUGAAUAUUUAAUACUGCUCUUUAAAGCGCAAAAAAACCAAAAAAAGAUUGACAGAAAGAUUAGCUUUGGUGACUUUUGGAAGAGUCUUGGAAAGAAAGCCCAGGCCUUAAAUAAUGAGAUGCCUCUAUCACUGUGUUGUACGGCUGGGGAUCUUGCGUGGAAAUUAGGUGAAAGAACUGCAGUCAAGAUCGAGCUCCCAGUGUUGAAGACAACCACAUCCCAGGUUUGCCUUUCAGUCACUGAAACGGCCGUUGCUGGGUUUGGUGCUUACCUUCAACCAAUAUUUUAUGGAUUGUCAUGUCCUUAUGAAACUUGAAAUAUUUGUCUUUUGUAUAUGAUAACUGCAUACAUGAUUAAUUUCUUCCCAAGAUAAACGUUAAAACUGUGUCCUUAUUCUCAAAGGAGGUCUUGCAUUUUAGUCAUUCUGUGGGCUGAUAAUGUUGAAUGGAAGAAUAUGAUCGUCUGUAAGUAAUGAAGAAGUUAAAGCACAGAACUACUACUAAGGACAUGAAAAGACAUUUUCUUUCUAAACCAGCUAUGCAAUCUUUCCCAUAAAAUGCAUGAAUACAGUUCUGUAUUUCUCUUCCCUCUCCAGCUGGAAAUCAGCUAGAUCCUUUUUCUCUCUUUUCUCCUUUUUCUCCUUUUUCU